AUGGAAGCGUUCAGUUUAGCCGCGUCGAUCAUGCAAGUCAUCGACUUCGGCUCGAAUUUCGUCAUCACAGCCAUCGCCAUGUACAGGUCGUCAUCUUCGACCCCCGAUGACCUUCUCGCGCUCCGGAGUCUUCAAACAAACUCAGAAAGCCUCGGUUCUGUCUUGGGAACACUCAAAGCUGACUGUUCUCGACUUGCUAAUCGUUCAUCUGGGAACGAAAAUGAUGGCAUCAUUGCUUUGGCCAAUGAAUGCUCCAAAGCUCUUCAGAAGAUGCUCGACACCCUGGAAAUCGUCAAGCCUUCGAGAACCGGAAACAUUUGGAAGGCUAUGAAAUCCGCUGUGGCACUCAAGUGGAAUGAAAGUAGCCUCUCCGCUCUCCAGAGCCAGCUCAAUGACUUCAAGCAUCAAAUCAGCCUGAACUUGCUCGUCUCUGUUAGGCAAUAUUCGCAAAAGAGCGUAACACAACAAGACGAGAUUCUUCGACGCCUUGACCGGCUCACAAGAGACACCAGUGCGUCUGCACGGGAACCAAUCCCCUCAAUCGACCAGUUUGGCUUUGGAUCGUCGGUCGUUCAGCUUUUGACCAGGCGGCUGGGUCAGGAAGACGGCGAGGCUGAAAGAGCCCGGCUGCGGAGCGCCAUCAUCAGCGCAAUGUUGUCUGGAGACGACGACAUUGAGACAUCCUCGAGCAUCCUUCUUACCGACGACCAUCGUAAGAACCUUGAAGCAAUGUUUCUAGCCACUCUUCACUACGAAAGUAUGGCAGAUAGGGAGCUGGCAAUUUCUGACGCACACGAGGCAACAUUUCAUUGGAUUUUCAACAACAGCGAGCAUCAGACCGCGAAGUGGUCAAGCUUUACAGGCUGGCUCGAGUCGGACGAACAGGUCUAUUGGAUCACUGGAAAGGCUGGAUCAGGGAAAUCUACCUUGAUGAAGUUCUUGACGCAGCCUCACCAACCCCGGGAUGCAGCGGAGAGCUCCAGGAACUUGCCUCUAGAAACUCGUUGCACCGAGUACCUUGGACGCUGGGCUGGAGAACAACGUCUCAUCAUGGCUUCCUUUUACUUUUGGGCUGCAGGUUCUACUGCCCAAAAAUCUCAUAAAGGAUUAUUCAAGACGCUCCUCUCACAACUUCUUCGGGCAUUUCCAGAAGCUAUUCCCUUCACGUCUCCCAAGCAAUGGGGGGUGCUAUCUCUAUUUAAUGAAGUUUCCAAAGAAGUCCCGGAACGGGAGCUGCGCAACAUGUUCAAGCGAGCCAUACGGCACAUCUCCUCGGAAGCAAAAGUCGCUCUGUUCGUGGACGGACUGGACGAGUUCGAAGGAGAUUUGGAGCCGCUGAUUUCCACAAUGCACAACGUCAUAUCUCAAUCUUCAUCUGUCAAGCUGUGCACCGCGAGUCGCCCAUGGAAUGAAUUCCAGGAGGCUUUUAGGGACGUGCCUAGCCUCCGACUUCAGGACCUCACUCGCUCUGACAUCCAGAAAUACGUCGAAGCGAGGUUCACAGAGAAUCAGAAAUAUAUGGCUCUACGAGACUGGGAGACUGGGCUCACCGACAACCUUGUCAGCUCCGUGGUCUCGAAGGCGUCUGGCGUGUUCCUAUGGGUCAAGAUUGUGGUGUUCUCAUUACUUGCAGGACUCAGCCAAGCAGAUCGUCCAAGCGACCUAAAACGACGACUUGAUGAUCUACCAGAGGAUCUGGAGGGGCUAUACGAAAGGAUACUUGAUAACAUCGACCCCUUCUAUCUCGAGCACGCUACCGAGUACUUCACCCUCAUGAAAGCAUGCCCCGAACCACCUCCCGCCUUGCUCUUCUCUUUUGCAGAUGAAGAGAAUCUUCUGGAUCUACCUGGCAGGCUUCUUUCCAAUAUUGUCAACAAGGGCGGCAUGGUCAACCUAUUUGACCGUGUGCAAGAUAUCGCAAUCAGGUUGAACAGUCGAUGCAAGGGCCUGCUGGAGGUGGCUGAACCCAUUCCUAAACCGGACUCUCGACUCCCUCUAUUCCGGUACCCUGGGCCAAAGAUUCAAUACUUGCACAGAACUGUUCGAGACUUCAUCGACAGCCCAAACACCACAAGACGACUUGGCCGCUAUCUGCCUGGCUCUUAUGAUCCCCAUCUCAAGCUUUUAUACGCCAGCGUUGUUUUGGAUGCAAAAUUCAGCCCACAUAUAACACAACAGGAGAUAAUGAGAGACGUCAUGUAUCAUGCGGACCGAGUGAGCACAAACUCGACACAGGAGCUCGUGAGGGGAUUGGACCGUUAUCGCGAAGCCCUCUCAACUAGGUACGCUGAUAAGGAGACUUUCAACCUCAACUUGAGAAGCCUUAACGGUGUCUAUGAUGCGAUGAGCCUGGAACAGCAGUUUCUGUGUCUCGCCAUCGAGUAUGGAGUUGUCGGCUACAUCAACGCCGAACUUGACGACGGAGGUUCAAUCCUCCUCUCCAGAGACCGUCUACUUGAAAUAUCCUUUCGGGAGUUCGGCCCUACCAGUUUGCGUCGUCCCUUAUGGACUUUUGUCAAGAGGGGCUUUAAAAUCCCUACGACAGUCUCAUACUCUUUGCUUCAUAUUCCCUUUCUACACUUCUCGCCUUUACCCUCCCAUCGACAAGCCGAGGUGGUCAAGGCUCUGCUCAAAAGAGGAGCAGAUCCUAAUCAAGAAUUCAAGUUUCGCCACAACGGAGCCGGGACGGCUACUACGCCCUGGAGGUUAUUCAUCGGGGAGAUUAUCUGUGCCUUUCUUUCGACGUUAAGAUCAGCAAGAAAGGCUCGUUUAGCCGACCUUGGCGAGAUCACCCGACUCAUGAUUGACUACGGCGCCAACGUGAACCCUUCGAACGUGGAAGCAGCUAUCAAACUCUUGGCAUCGGAGCCCGAUAGAGAAUACAUCUUGAGUCGCCCCGCGUGGUCGGUACACAAAGCCGUUUACUCGGCCUUACGCAGAAUGAAAAAGGACAGAGCAGCCCGGAAGCUUGAGUUUGACAAAGAGCAUCAACGAUAUCUAGGAGGGGGACCCCUCAAGUUGAACCAGGACCUGCCCGUGUACGUAGCCACAGCUAUCGGCAAUAGUUAUAUCUAG